AUGGAGUCGACAUCGAUACUCUCCGCCCUGAGAAGCGAAAAAUUGAAGGAUUCGUCACAAUGGCGACCUUGGCACAAGCGAGUGAAGGCAUUCGCAGAGCAACGUAUGAUCUGGGAUCUCUGCAACCCGGAUAUUGAUGCAUUGCAUCGUCCAAAGGUUCUCAUUGAGCCGAUUGAACCUGAAUACCCUGAUGAUGGGUCUCAGGAAGACAAAAAAGACUGGAGGGACCGUCUUGAAGUCUAUAAGAUCAAGGCAAACCGUUGGGAAAAGCAGCGGAAAGCUUUGAAUGAGGUGAAUGAAUUCAUCCUUAUCUAUCUGGAUGCAUCAAUUCGUGAUACUGUACUGGAGUAUAAUACUCCGUACGAUCGUCUGGUAUAUCUCAGCAAGAGAUUUGCUAGAACUCAUGCGUAUAAAGAAGAGAUACGUAUGCAAUGGAGAGCUUUCGCUGCCCAGAAACCGACCGGUGAUGUCGAAAAAUGGUUAGUUUCAUGGGAUGAGCUGCGAGAGCAAGCGGUCAGUCUCCAGCUUCACGAAGCUGAGAGUGCAAACCACGACUUCUUGCAAGCAGUCAAGAAGGUCUUGCCAAUCUGGUGGCAAGCCAAAUACCAAGAGAUCGUGAUGAAUGGAGCCUCGUAUGAUACUCAGAGUCUCAUCGAAUCAUUCCGUGCCAUGUAUCGCGAAAUCGGACCUAAUGCUUCAUCGCAGGAAGCGCUGAAAGGGUCCCUUUCCACUUGGCAAGGUCACCAGGAAGCGAAGCAGGAGACCAAAAAUGAGUUCCAAAACCUGCCAUUCAACAAAAGGCCAUAUACUGGAUCGGGAGUCCAUGUCUGUAAUGAGAAGACCCGAUUCGUCAACCUUCAGCCAUGCAAUGAGAUGCUUGCUACCGGCGAAGGAGAUACUGCCGUCAUUGGACGUGGGACAGUGAGACUCACGGGCGUGGACCCGAUAUCGAAGCAGGAGAGAACCAUCACGCUAAGCAAUGCGUGCUACGCACCCGGUUUUCAUGUCAACCUAGUGUCGUAUUCUAGGCUGCGAGAAAAGGGCGGCAAAUGGUCCGAAUCCAAUGGAUAUAUACAGGAUCAUGAAGGGAUUCCGAUAGUCGGCCUGCGUCUAUGGCAUGAGAUCGGUCUGUGGGUCUUCGACCAACCGAAAAAGGAAGCCAUUCGCAACACAGCGAAUGCAGUGAGAUCAUCAUCGACGCCGCUGAAUGAUACGGCGUCGGCUGAGCAAUGGCACCGUCGCCUAGGCCAUCCUCAGCAUAAAACAUUCCAGCAAAUGACGAAGCUGGUCGAUGGAGUCAGCAUUGACAGCAAGCAUGAAGCCCAAGCAAUGUGUGAGACUUGCCAGCUAGGAAGGUCAAACCGCCAAGUGUCAAGAAGACCGAGAGGACGCAUUUUCGGACGUUUUGGAAUGGUCUAUUUCGACCUAAUUCAACUCUCGUAUGCUUAUAAUAAGCAUCGCUGGAUCUCGCAUUUUUACAUCGAGGGAAUCAGGUUUCAUUGGCUAAUGACACAUGAAUUCAAACCCGAAUGUCAGCAUGCCAUCAAUCAGUUCGUGAACCUAGCCAGAAAUUGGUGGAACCUACCGAUAAGAGCCUUCAAUUACGACAAUGAAAACGCCGCAGGACGUACAGCCGAGUAUGGCUUGACGUCGGACGGCAUCGUGGUAUAUCACAGUCCACCAAGACAUCCGGAAAUGAAUGGACACGCUGAGAGAGCAGGGGGUGUCAUCAUCCUACGCAUGAGGAUGCUCAUGCUUGAAGGCAAGCUCCCGAAGGAGCUAUGGCCGGAAGCAGCAAUGGCUGCCAUAUGGCUGUUGAAUCGCACCCCGACGUAUCUAGCAACCGAGAAUCGCUGGAUCGUCCCUUGGGGCGAAGUCGUGAAGCAAUUCACAACCACCGGCGACACUGCGCCGAGAAUCAACCUAGCAAAUGUGAGGUUGUAUGGAAGCCUUGCUUACUGUCGAAUUGAGAAGCAAGUGCAGUCAGAUAAAAUGAAUCCCCGUGCUGAAAUUGGAUUCAUGGUAGGCUAUGUAGCCUCAAAUAUCUGGAGAAUAUGGUUCCCGCAGCAUGGGAAGGUGAAGCUUGUUAGAGACGCCGUCUUUGAUGAAACACGGCGAUACUCGCCUGAUUUCCAACAGCUUCAGCCGAUCCCGCUGCCAUUGGUCAAAGAACCUCAGGAAUUGGACCAAACUGAGGCUGAAAGAGCUCUCCAAGCAUCGAUAACAACUGGGUCGGUGCCAGAAUUGGAAGCAAGCAGAGACGUCAAUAAUGACGAAGCCCAAGACACAGGAUGUCAAAAUAACAUUGGACAAAGAGACCGUUUUUCGGCCGAAAAACCGUCUCAUGCUGAAAAAGCACCUCAAAAUGCUAGACUUCAGGGGGUGUACAGCACACCCGAUCGGCAAAUGAAUGCUAUAUCGGACGUCCCGGGAGCUUUCCCACAAGAAAUACCCCUGCCGCCGACUCCUCCACAUAAUGAAGUGACUCCUGCAACUGGUCAGGGGGUGGAGACGCCGGAAAUUCCAGUAGAGGACCAGCUCCAGGAGACCCAGCAAGGGACCCAGGAAUCCCAGGAGACCCAGCAAGUGUCUCAGGAAUCGGACGACGAAGCUGAAGCACAGCUGCAAGCGGAGCUCGCACCGAGAGACAUCAACGGCGAUGUCGAUGAAGGGAACAUUCACAGUGAUAGAGCCGCCAGCGUAUCUCCAUGCAUUCGCAGCGGUCUAUACUCGGAGAAGCCAGUGAAACGUCGCCAUCGAGACGAUCUCCCUGAGCUUCCAAAACAUUGGAAAGACGUCAUGAAUCACCCAUAUCAGGAAGGUUUCCUAGCUGCGAUGCGUAAGGAAAUCGAUUCAUUGACUGAAAAAGCGACCUUUGAAGCCGUGGACCGCCCGAAAGACCGUGGCAAGCAAGUCCUACCGCUUCUUUGGGUCUUUGCAUACAAAUUCGACCAAGGUGCCUAUCUCAUGAAGAUGAAGGCGCGGAUUUGCGUACGAGGAGACCUUGAGACGAUCUCCUCCGAAGAAAAGAGAGCUGCUACACUAGCAGCCAGAACAGCGAGGAUGAUCUUCGCAUUGGUCGCAGCAUUCGACCUCGAUUUGAGGCAGCGCGAUGCUGUGACAGCAUUUUUGAACAGCAAGCUUGAAAAGGAUGUCUACACCAGGAUGCCCGAAGGCUUUGAGACCACGGGCAAGUGCUGGAAGCUCCGAAAAGAGCUGUAUGGACUGAGAAUCUCACCGCGCCUGUGGCAGCAGGAAGCGGCUGGAGUUCUCAACAAAUUAGGACUUCGCCAAGUCCCUGAAGACCCAUGCGUCUUUGUAGGAGACGGCAUCAUUGUCUUCUUCUAUGUCGAUGAUAUACUGAUAGCAAAUCAUCGGUCGGCGAGAAAGAGGGCAAGACAGUUGGAAAAGGACCUCGAAGCUCACUGGGAGCUUACAGAUCAUGGAGAAGCCGAAUGGUUCCUGAAUAUUCGCAUUAUUCGGGAUCGGCACAUAAAGAAACUGUGGCUGUGCCAAGACAGCUAUAUUACCAGCGUGGCAGCAAGGUAUAACCUUACCGAUAGACCACCAGUGUCUACCCCACUGCCAAUUGAAGAGCUGAAGCCGUACGAAGGCUUAGCAAGUGCUGAAGAAAUCCACCUAUAUCAGCAAAAGGUCGGAUCGAUAGGAUAUGCCACCACAAUCACCCGAGUUGAUGCCGCCAAGCCUGCCGCCAAGCUUGCCUACCUCUAUACGACGAGAUUUCUAGCUAUCGAAUUCAGUGCCCAAUUGGACGGCAGCAUUGAAUCGGUGCAGCUAGCAAGUGACGCCUCAUACGGCGAUCAUGAAGAUCGGAGAAGCUCUGCAGGUUAUAUCUGCCAGGUCUACGGAGGACCGGUAGACUGGAAAGCCACGAAGCAGCGGACGGUCACUACGUCCACUACCGAAGCAGAGCUGCUAGGACUGUCAGAAGCCGGAAAGCAUCUCCAAUGGUGGAGACGGCUUCUAGGACAUGUCGGCUUCGACCCAUCGCAUGUCAUCACUAUUGAAUGCGAUAAUGAGAGAGCAAUCGGACUGCUCACCACCGAAGACGCUAGUUUCGACACCAAGCUCAGACACGUUGAUAUCCACCAUCUCUGGCUGAGACAGGAAGUGAGAGCGGGGCGCAUUGCCAUCCGCUGGGUGCCGACAGCGAGCAUGGUAGCUGACGGUUUGACGAAGCUGCUAUCGAGACAGCAGCAUGAGAGGUUCAUCAAGCUUCUUCGCAUGGUCGAUCUCCGGUAUUUGAUCGCGAAGAGCUAG